AUGGCGUCGCUCGGGGACUACCGCGUGGCGGACAUUUCGCUCGCGGACUUUGGGCGCAAAGAGAUUGAAAUGGCGGAGAUUGAGAUGCCGGGACUCAUGCAGAGCCGGACGGAGUUUGGCCCGCAGCAGUCGCUCCAGGGCGCGCGCGUCGCGGGCUCGUUGCACAUGACGAUCCAGACGGCAGUGCUCAUCGAGACGCUCAAGGCUUUGGGCGGCGACAUCCGCUGGUGCUCGUGCAACAUCUUUUCCACGCAGGACCACGCGGCGGCAGCGAUUGCGCGCGACGGGUCGGCCGCAGUGUUUGCCUGGAAGGGCGAGACGCUCGAGGAGUACUGGGAGUGCACGUUGAACGCCAUCACGUGGCCCUCGGACGACGGCAAGGGCGACGGCCCCGACAUCAUUGUCGACGACGGCGGCGACAUGACGCUCUUGAUCCACGAGGGGUUCAAAGCCGAGCAGGCGUUCGCGGCAACGGGCGCAGUGCCGGACCCGAGUUCGACCGACAAUGCCGAGCUCAAGUGCGUGCUAAGUAUCAUUGCGCGGCUGUUGAAGACGCAGCCGACCAAGUGGACGCAGAUUGCCCAGCGCUGCAAAGGCGUGUCGGAAGAGACGACGACGGGCGUCCACCGACUGUACCAAAUGGAGAAGAACGGCACGUUGUUGUUCCCGGCUAUUAACGUGAACGACUCGGUCACCAAGUCCAAGUUCGACAACCUCUACGGCUGCCGCCACUCGCUCCCGGACGGCAUCAUGCGGGCCACGGACGUGAUGCUCGCGGGCAAGCGCGUGGUCAUCUGUGGCUUUGGCGACGUGGGUAAAGGCAGUGCACAGGCCAUGAAAGCGGCCGGCGCCGUCGUGUACGUGACCGAAGUGGACCCUAUUUGCGCCCUGCAGGCGUGCAUGGAGGGCUUCCAAGUCGUCCGACUCGAAACGAUUGUCGCGCAGGCCGACAUCUUCAUCACGACGACUGGCAACAAGGACAUUAUCAUGGCCAAAGACAUGCUCAAGAUGAAGAACAAUGCCAUUGUGGGCAACAUCGGGCACUUUGACAACGAGAUCGACAUGGCCGGCGUCACGGCGAUCGCCAAGCGCCAGAACAUCAAGCCACAGGUCGACCGCUUCAUCUUUGACGACGGCCACGCAGUCAUCAUCUUGGCCGAAGGCCGCCUGCUGAACUUGGGCUGUGCUACGGGCCACCCGUCGUUCGUCAUGUCCAACUCGUUCACGAACCAGACGUUGGCGCAGAUUGAGCUGUGGAAGGAGCGCGACACGGGCAAGUACGCGACGGGCAAAGUGUACGUGCUGCCCAAGGAGCUGGACGAGAAGGUCGCGCGGCUGCAUCUAGACAACUUGGGCGCGCAGCUCACGGUGCUGUCGGACGAGCAGGCCGAGUACAUUGGGGUCAAGCCCACAGGCCCUUACAAGCCAGCAGCCUACCGUUACUAA